GCGUCGAGCGAACUCAGUCAGCGUCGAAGAUGCAGCGGAUGAAGGUGGUUCUGGGGCACCUGUCGGGCUCCGCGGGGCCUCCGCAGGCCAGGCCCUGCCUCGGCUUCUCGGGCCUCUCCCGCUCGUCGUCGUCGUCUUCCAGCGCGGAGGACGUGGUGGUGGUCCACGGGCGGCGGACCCCCAUCGCCAAGGGCAAGCGGGGCGGCUUCAAGGAAACUUCACCUGAUGAGCUUCUUGCUGCAGUCAUGACAGCUGUCCUUAAAGACCUCAGCCUGAGCCCUGACAAACUGGGAGAUAUCUGUGUUGGAAAUGUACUUCAACCUGGUGCUGGAGCUUUAACAGCAAGGAUUGGACAGUUUCUAAGCGGCAUUCCAGAGACUGUACCCUUGUCAUGUGUAAACAGGCAAUGCUCAUCUGGGUUGCAAGCAGUAAUGAAUAUAGCUGGUGGCAUCAGGAAUGGAUCGUAUGACAUUGGUUUGGCCUGUGGAGUAGAGAGCAUGUCUUUACGCAGUGUUUCUGACCCUGGGGACGUCAGCUCCCGUAUGAUGGAAAAUGCCAAUGCUAGAGAUUGUUUGAUCCCCAUGGGAAUAACGUCUGAGAAUGUGGCAGAAAGAUAUGGCGUCACCCGGGAAAAACAAGAUGCCUUUGCCUUGACUUCCCAACACAAAGCAGCUCGAGCCCAGCAGUUGGGGUUGUUUAAAAAUGAGAUUAUUCCUGUGACAACCAAGUUUACUGAUGACCAGGGAAACCAGAAAACAAUCACUGUGCUCAAGGAUGAAGGGAUCAGGCCAAACACCACACUGGAAGGGUUGGCAAAGCUGAAGCCAGCCUUCAAGGAGAACGGAACUACUACUGCUGGUAAUGCCAGCCAAGUUAGUGAUGGUGCUGCUGCAGUUCUCCUGGCCAAACGCUCCAAAGCAUCACAGUUGGGCCUCCCUGUCCUUGGUGUGUUGAGAUCGUAUGCCGUUGUUGGAGUCCCGCCUGAUGUUAUGGGCAUUGGGCCAGCCUAUGCCAUUCCAGUAGCACUGGAAAAAGCUGGAUUAACUGUUAAUGAUAUCGAUGUCUUUGAAAUUAAUGAGGCCUUCGCUAGUCAGGCGGUCUACUGUGUGGAGAAGCUUGGCAUCCCCAUGGAGAAGGUCAAUCCCCUCGGUGGUGCCAUUGCUUUGGGUCACCCUCUGGGCUGCACUGGGGCUCGGCAAGUUGUCACACUGCUCAACGAACUAAAGCGUAGGGGAAAGAGGGGCUAUGGCAUUGUGUCCAUGUGCAUUGGAACAGGCAUGGGAGCUGCUGCAGUAUUUGAAUACCCAGGGAACUAAAUUCCAGUCUUCUUGGAACAACCCAGUGUCUUAAUUGCCUGAAAUUCUUCAGCAAAUGUGAAUUACCUCAGCAAAUGAAUGGCUCUGUGAAUCUGCCUAAUGAAAAUCUGCUCAGCAUCCAACUGUCCUGCAGGUGGGACACAUCCCACAGAGGCCGCCAUCCAUCUUGUCGCCUUUUACCAUUUCCAGCCCCUCUGCCUUUGUCCCUGCAUCAAUGCGAGCUGCUACCACAGCUCCUGGGCACUCCAGCAUUGGGUCUCAAGAGACAUCAUACUUGCCACAGUGGAGGGGCUUGCCCAGGCUAACCCAGUGUUAGUAGCCAUAAUAAACAGUCGGGGCCACUCAAGACUCACUGAUUAAAAAUACAAGUUAUGUAAAACUGCUGAGGACAUGACAGAUGUCUGUGUAGGUUGUGUUGCCUAUGGCACUAGCUUUUAUGGGAAGUAGGGAUCUUGAAGGAAUUAAGAUGGGUGUGUAUUCAGAAAAGAACUCCCAUGAACAUGCUUCCAUAUAAGAAACACUCUUGCAUAGCUCCCUUGAGUGUAGAUCCUAAGUGAUCUGGAUGGGGGCUGCCCAGGUGAUUUCUGCUUGGAGAUGCUAAACAAAUUACCCAGGAAAAACAUACAUAGUGGCCAUCCAAUGCCCUCAGUCCUGGGAUGUCUGCAGCUCCACUCUUCCUACUGUAUGCCCACUUCCAAGUAGCUUUUACUUGGUAUUUCCUUUUUUUAAAAGGUAGCAUUUGUAAGUACAUUUAAAAAAUAACAGGCAGGUUCUUUAAGAACACACUGAUAGAUAGCCUUACAUAUAAAAAGAAGCAAAAGUGGUAUGGUCUUUUUUGUCAGUUAAUAGCAGAGCUGGCAAGAACCCCUGUGAUUCACUUCUAGUCUAGCUCCACGCUUAAGAGCCAACUGGAUAAGAGGAAAGUCACAAGUGCUUUGCUGCUUGAUUUAAGACAUUAUACUUGAUCACAUUCUUAACUGGUCUUUUCUGCCAGUAGAUUAAACUGUAUUAAUUAUACCCCCAUAUGUUUGUCUUAAAGAUGCACUUUGAAGUAAAGGUUUUCCAAUAAGUAAUGUUAAUGUUAUGUCAUGUCUUUUAAAGUCUUACUUUCUUAAUUUUUAAGCAAUUUAUUAAUUUCAUUACAAAAAUACUGUGGAACUAAAAUGUCCUGUGUUCCUACCUAUUAAAAACUGUUCCCUUUGAGAAA